AUGAAUCAAGAGAGAUCAUCAUCACAGCCAACAAACAAUUCGACCAAACAAUCACUACCAAAGGCCAAAACACAAGCAAAUAUUAUUAAAAAUUACGAUCCAAAAUCAUCACUCUCACACAUUAUCGGAGAUUAUCGAUUACUAUCACCUUGGAACAAGAUAAAAUUUAAUAUUAUUCAAUUCGUUGCGGAAUGGAGAGUUCUUUCACACAAUAUUUCACAGCAACAAACACUACAUCACAAUUAUAAAUACUCGGAUCCAUAUCUUGGAAUUGCUACCCGUGAAAUGUACCAUCCACAAAUUGUUCGCUCUAUGAAGCAACGUUUUACGAGAUGGUUCAAAUACUCAAUCUACAUGACUGCAUUUUCUCUUCUUGUGGUAUAUCCAUCUGCUUCCAAAGUUUGGGAAACUGAAAAGAAGCGGAGAGAGCUCUAUCUAUCUCAGAAAUAUACUUUUAACAAAGAAAAAUCCAUCUAA